CCAAACCCUCGCCCCAAAAUUCUCAAUUCUUCGUUUUCUUUUACCAAUCUAAGUCUAUUAAUCAAUUUCCUCCACACCAUGACUGAUCAAGCUGAAUCAUCCGACGCCAAGGGAACUAAGCGGGACUUUAGCACCGUGAUUCUUGAGCGAAAGAAGGCGGCGAAUAGACUCGUCAUUGAUGAAGCUAUCAACGAUGAUAACUCUGUUGUUUCUCUUCAUCCCGAGACCAUGUAAAAGCUUCAACUCUUCAGAGGCGAUACCAUCCUGAUCAAGAUCUAGUUAUUGUACAUUGCGCGCUUCAAUUGUUUCAUCUUCUUGCACGGCAAGAAAAUGAGAGAUACAAUCUGUAUCGCACUUGCUGAUGACACCUGUGACGAACCAAAGAUUAGGAUGAAUAAAGUCGUCAGAUCAAAUCUAAGGGUCAGGCUCGACGAUGUAGUUUCAGUUCAUCAGUGUGCUGAUGUUAAAUACGGAAAGCGUGUGCACGUUCUCCUGAUUGAUGAUACCAUAGAAGGCGUCACUGGAAAUCUCUUCGAUGCAUACCUAAAACUUACUUCCUUGAAGCAUAUUGCCCUGUAAGAAAGGGCGACUUCUUUCUAGUAAGAGGAGGAAUGAGAAGUGUCAAGUUCAAAGUCAUUGAAACCGAACCCUAUGAGUACUGUGUGGUUGCCCCUGAUACAGAAAUCUUCUGUGAAGGUGAACCUGUGAGAAGAGAAGACGAAGACAAAUUAGAUGAAGUUGGUUAUGAUGAUGUAGGUGGAGUGCGCAAACAAAUGGCACAAAUCCAUGAAUUGGUAGAAUUACCAUUACGCCAUCCCCAACUCUUCAAAUCAAUCAGUGUUAAACCCCCAAAGGGUAUCCUUCUAUACGGGCCACCCGGAUCCGGGAAAACCCUAAUUGCCCGGGCAGUUGCUAAUGAAACAGGCGCCUUCUUCUUCUGCAUCAACGGGCCAGAAAUCAUGUCAAAAAUGGCGGGUGAAAGCGAGAGUAAUCUCCGAAAAGCAUUCGAAGAAGCUGAAAAAAACGCGCCUUCGAUCAUCUUCAUUGAUGAAAUUGAUUCAAUCGCACCAAAACGUGAAAAAACACAUGGUGAAGUCGAAAGGAGAAUUGUUUCACAGUUGUUGACAUUAAUGGACAGGUUAAAAUCACGGGCCCAUGUUAUAGUCAUGGGUGCCACUAAUCGCCCAAAUAGUAUCGAUCCGACUUUAAGGAGAUUUGGGAGAUUCGAUAGGGAAAUUGACAUUGGUGUCCCUGAUGAAAUCGGGAGACUUGAAGUUCUUCGUAUUCAUACAAAAAACAUGAAGCUUGCUGAUGAUGUGGAUUUGGAGAAAGUUGGGAAAGAGACACAUGGGUACGUCGGUGCUGACCUGACAGCUUUGUGUACUGAAGCUGCUCUUCAAUGUAUUCGUGAGAAAAUGGAUGUGAUUGAUUUGGAAGAUGAAUCAAUCGAUCCUGAGAUUUUGAACUCCAUGGUUGUAUCCAAUGAGCACUUUCAAACAGCUCUUGGAACAAGUAACCCUUCUGCUCUUCGUGAAACGGUUGUUGAAGUUCCAAAUGUAAGCCGAGAAGACAUUGGUGGCCUUGAAAAUGUCAAACGAGAGCUUCAAGAGACGGUACAAUACCUGGUGGAACAACCGGAGAAAUUUGAUAAAUUCGGAAUGGCGUCAUCGUAGGGAGUUUUGUUCUAUGGCCCACCGGGUUGUGCAAAAACGCUUCUUGCAAAAGCGAUUACGAAUGAAUGUCAAGCGAAUUUCAUAAGCAUCAAGGGACCUGAGCUUCUGACAAUGUGGUUUGGUGAAAGUGAAGCAAAUGUGCUCGAUAAGGCGCGUGGAAUUAUUUCUUGAAACGUUUACAUAUGUGUUCAAAUUCGCCCUAGACUAUGCCUCCUACAUUAGGAUACAUCACAUGAUCCUAUUUAUAUGUAUACUAUAUAGAUCCUUUCUCCUAAUCCCUUGCAUCAUCAUCUGCUUCAUCAAGGAUCAUCUGGAAUGCUCUUGCCUUUGGCUUUAGUGGCAUAUUUGGCUUUAUAUCUCCUUCCCUCUUUGGACAGUCUUGCUUGAAGUGUCCUUCCUCAUUACAUCCAUAACACACCCUUUUUGAAUGUACACUCAUUGGCAUAAUGUCCAAUCUUUCCACACUUGAAACAUGUCACCUCCUCGCUACAUUUUCCUAAGUGUUUCUUCUUGCACUUAUCGCACCAUCUUACUUCAUCUCCUCCUACUUCGAACUUCUUUGAACCAGACUUCAAGAAUUUCCCCUUCUCGUUGGACCUUGAAGAUCCUUCAAAUUUCAUUUUCUCGCCAACUUCAGCUUUCUCCAGACCCUUUCCCUUAUCUGGGUCUCAACAUUCUUAGCUGCCCAGACGACGACUUUCAAUGUGGUUGCUUGCUUAACCAUCGGACCAAGGUCCGAUGGCAAUCCAUUAGCAAACUUGUUGACCUUGCAGAGUUCGGUUGGAACUAGGUAAUGAACAAGCUUCAUCUUCUCCGUAAAACUUGCAGCAUACUCGGCGACACUCAUUCUUCCCUUCUUCAGGUUUUGGAACUCAUUGUUGGUAUCUAAAAGAUCUUGCUCAGAGCAGUACUGCAUCUUCAGUUGCACCAGGAAAUCUUCCCAAGACAUCUUGUUAGCUUCUCCAUUGGGCAUCGUAUUAGCUAGUAGCUUCCACCACCUCAAUACCCCAGAUUUUAACAGGGGAACCGCGAGAGUGGUCUUCUGUCUGUUGCUACAUUCGCAACUCCCAAACAUUGUCUCCAUCUCAGAGACCAUAACUUCCACCUAUGUUGGGCUUCCAGAAAGACACGGUGGUUUGGAUGUCAUGAAAUCCUUGUACUUGCAUCCAUAUCCGACAUUUCCUCCAUAUUUGUUAUUCCUUUUAACCACUGGUGGUUCAGCUUGACCAACGGUCCUACCGUAGUUCCCUUCUUCUGACUGUCCGUCAUUUAGUUCGGGUUGUUCAACAGGCAUCAAAGGUUCAUUCCUAUUAUUCAGCAACAAUUGCCUCAUUUCCUCCCUCUGUUCGGCCAUCAUAGCCCGAAUCAUGUCUUGUACUCCAACCAUCAUGACUGGCUCAGGUGCAUAAUUUACAUAAUACUCAAAUAAUUCCUCUUUAUUACCUUAAAAUAAGUUACAUUUGUUGACCGUAACCAUUACAUCAUCGUAUCAAUGCUUAACCUCGAAACACUAGCAUUAUAAAGUCGCACGGUGGGGCAUGUAGAGCGGCAUGGUCGAGCUAUUUUAAUUGUGGUCAAAAUGGGCAUUUGAGUUGGGACUGCCCCCGGGGUGCACUGAUUUGCUUCCACUGCAACCAUACAUGCCAUAAAAGGUCGACUGCCCGAGAUGAUAGGAGGAGCAGCGACAACGCCUGCACCGACCACUUUGAGGAUCAAUGAUGGCCGCCAGGUCAAGACGGAGACACCUAUGGUGAAGAUAAGAGCAUUUCAGCUAACAGCUGAGUAGGCGAAAGCAACACCGAUGUGGUUACUGGUAUGUCUCUUUACCUUAUCGUUUAUUGUUUUAUUUUUUUAUGUUUAUAUUUAUUUGAUCAUGUGUAGAGACUUUUUUAGUCAAUGGUAUGACUACUUAUGUCUUGUUCGAUUCGGAUGCUACUCGAUCCUUUGUAUCUCUUGCGCUUAGCAAGAAGUUUAGCGAUACUCCUAGGAUUUUGGAUUAUCCAUUGGAGGUAGAGAUUGCUAAUGAUCGUUCAGUGAGUGAUUUAAGGGUUCAUCGAGGGUGUGAUCUAAACCUAUUCAGCGAGAGAUAUUAUAUCGAUUUGGUUCUGAUUCAUCUGCGAGAGUCGAAGGUUAUUAUAAGGAUGGAUUGGUUGGGUUCUAAUGGAGACAUGAUUGAUUGUGAGCGCCAGCUAGUGAGAGUUCAAACCACAAGUGGGGGAGAACUAGUUAUUCAUGGCGAGGGAGCUUAGCAUGGACCAUCCCUCUGCUCAGCUACGAGGGCCAUGAGAUAUCUUCAACAAGGCUAUUUUGGGUUUUCGGUUUAUGUGGCGGAUACUCGGGUUGGGGGCACGGUGACGUAGGUGAGGUGCCCAUCGUUCGGGAUUUCCCCGAUGUGUUUCCAGAGGAUUUACCUAGAGUGUCUCCUGAGAGGCAGGUUGAUUUCCAAAUUGAUUUGGUUCCUGAUGUGACUCCGGUAGUCAAAGCACCAUAUCAGUUAGCGCCCCCUGAGAUACAGGAGUUGUCCACGCAAUUGCAGGAGCUGCUAGAAAAGGGUUUGGCAAAUAUGAUGAAUUAAUGAAAAUAAAAACAGACUAC